AUGAAUAAGACAAAUGAAACAUCUUCAAAUCAUACCUGCGUGACGAUAGGAGCAAGUCCCAUCAGUGACCUGCUGAUGGCCAUUUACAUUUUGGCCUUUACUUUAGGGCUGGUCUUCAACCUGAUCACCAUCGGCCCUAUAGUCCAACAAAUACAAAGCAAAAAUGUCCUUGGCGUAUACUUGCUAAACCUGUCUAUUUCCGACCUGCUGUAUGUAUUCACGAUGCCUCUGUGGAUCUAUUAUUACUCAAACGACCACAAGUGGGAUUUGGGACAAUAUGUUUGCAGUCUGGCCGGUUUUUUCUAUUACACCAACAUGUAUCUCAGCAUAUACCUGCUGUGUUGCAUCUCCGUCGACCGCUGCCUGGCCGUGACCUAUCCGCUGAGGUCCAAGUCUUUCCGCCAGAUGCGUCACGCCUGGGCCGUUUGCCUGAUUCUCGUGUUCGUGGUUUUGUCGCUGCACCUGGUGGUGCUUUACAUGGACAACCUCAAGGAUCCGCUGGACGACAGGGGACAGCGGUGUUACGAGACCUUUCCCAUCACCGGUCAUCUGGCCACCAUCAACCUCCUGAGGGUUUGCAUGGGGUUCCUGAUCCCCCUGCUGAUUCUGGGCGUUUCGUACUGGCGAAUCCUGAUCAAGGUCUGGCGGAGCAGCGGCGCCGACACGCAGAUCAAGAGGAAGGUGAAGGCGCUGUCGGUCGGGGUCAUCUCCAUCUUCACCAUUUGCUUCGCCCCAUACCACAUCCUUCUGCUGGUGAGGUCAAUAGCCUUCCAAGUUAUGAACACUGAAGACUACUGCGCAUUGGAACAAACCUUACACUUUCCCUUCUCCUGCACCUUGGCUUUGUCCAGUCUCAACUGUCUGGUGGACCCGCUUCUCUAUGUGCUGGUCAGCAACGGGGUAAGGGAGGACAUGAGGUUAUGUUGCUGGGGAAGGCGAGAGAGCACCCUGUCGUCGUCGGGUUCCCAAAACGGCACGAGAAAGAAUACAAAAUUAACCAGCCUAUACUAA